CAAUCAUUAUCAACGUGAAUUCAAAAUUUAUACUCUUAUGAAAUGGAUUCUCCGUGUUCAUCGUCGUGAUCCUGAAAGAAUUGUGCCUCUCGUUAUGGUUGAUGCAGGAUCAAACCAUGGUCUCUUUUCACUUGUUGCUGGCGCUAGUGGAGCUCAUACUAUUGCCUUUGAGCCCCAAACUCAUUUGAGAAACUUAACCAGCUUUCACAACGUCUUCGUGUGUUGCCUUUUGCUGUAUUGGAUAGCUUCAAGAAGCUCGCUAUGGAAAAGGUUGAGAUCAAUGAUGGUGGUAUUGGUGGACUUUCAUACGAUAACCCAAAUGCUUUAAUUACCACCCAAACUAUCCGACUUGAUACUUUACCCGCUUAUGAUCGCCUUUUCCCAGAGACCAAGGCGACCGAGAAAGCACUCAAAAUCUCCACCAGCCGUAAGAACGAUAAAACUAUUCUUGAACCUGAGGAUAUGGGCAUUGAAUAUGCUGAUGCUAUCGAAAAGGCUGUUGGUACUGAAAAUACCGAAUUAAAAGAGUCCCUUUUGUUCCGUCAACCCAUCCACUUCUUGAAGAUUGACGUUGAAGGUUUCGAAGUCCCUGCUUUAAGAUCCGCUGCAAAAUUGUUCGAGAACCAGCUUGUUGAAAACACAAUUCUUGAAUUUGGUCCCCCAAGCCGUUGGGAUGUUACUGUCGAAGGUGCCUCCAAGAUGAAACAAAAGGAUAUUCUUGCCAAAACAAUGAAGGAUGCAAAGGAUAUUUUACAUCGUGCUAUCGAUGAAUGGAAAUUGGAUAUCAACCUUUUACCUGCAGAGGGUUGGGAUAAGACCGUUCGUUGGAUGUUGGAACAUGGUGUUGAUGAGAGUGAAGGCAACCCUUCAAGAAACAAGGUUGUCCGUAAAGUAAACGCAUGGAAAUUCGAUAACUUGCCUGAGGAUAAUGACGAGUUUGAAAAGGAACUCAAGUCUCAAAAUAACCUCGUCACUGAAUUUAUUAGACUUCCUUCAGAAUUAGUUGAUGCUUAUUUGGAUGAUUCCCAAUCCAUUGGAGAAAUGUAUCUCUGGUUCACCAAACAAAAUACCAAAAGUCCUGUAUUACAGAAAGUUACUUAAAUAUAGAUAAAUAAACAAGUUUUUUCAAAAAAGAAA